UCCACCUCCACCUUCACCGCACUUGUGCUAACGUAUUUUAAUAAUAAAUUGAAUUUAUUAAUUAAAACCGAGCAAUCCGGCCAUGGCAUCCAUCCUGAGGACGGGCAAACUGCUGCGUUAUUUCGCUGGCUUCACGAGAAACGUGGUCGUGAACUCGGUGCGUGAGAAUGAAACGAGCAAUCUGCUGAGCAAUGCGCCGUGCAUGUGCGGCCAGUUCCAGAAUGGAUUUGCAACGAAUGCCGCAGCCAAAGCGGAGCUGUCCCUGGACAAGCAGAUUCGCCGACUGGACCACGAUGUGCGGCGCACUGGACGCAUUUCACGGCGGGAUCUGGAGGAGGUGCUCGACGAGAUUCGCACACACAGGACGGCCACCAGUUCGCAAUCGCUGCUGGUGAUCCGGUGCUGCGGCAACUUGGUGCCCGAGGAGCUGCCGGAGGUCAGAACGGCCCUGGUGCAGGAGAUCUGGAAGACAUUGAAUGCAUUGAACGUGCCCAUGGACAUCUCGCACUACAAUGCCCUGCUUCGGGUUUACUUGGAGAACGAGCACGGCUUUGCGCCCACCGACUUUCUGGCCGAGAUCGAGGCCAAGGGCAUUGAGCCCAACCGGGUGACCUAUCAGCGCCUGAUUGCCCGAUAUUGCCAGCAGGGAGACAUCGAGGGAGCCACCAGGAUUCUGGAGUUCAUGCGGGCAAAGAGUCUGCCGGUCAACGAGAAUGUCUUCAAUUCGCUGAUUCUAGGACAUUCACAGGCCAACGAUUUGGAGUCCGCCAAGGGCAUUCUGGGAGUGAUGAAGCAGGCGGGAUUGGAGCCCAGUGCGGACACUUACACCACGCUUCUGUGCGCCUUUGCCCGCCAUGGCGAUCUGGCUGCCCUUAGGGAAACGCUAACCGAAUGUGAGCAGAAGGAGGUCAUUUUGCUGGACAAGGAUCUGCUGGACAUCGUGUACACUCUCACUGUUAAUGGCAAUGGCGAGCAGGUGGAUGAGAUUCUGCCCAAGCUGCGACUCUCGCCCGGGUUCAAUCAGGAUGCAGUGAAUGUGAUCCUUCGCCUGGUGAACAAGGGACACGAGGAUGUCGGCCUGAAGCUCCUUCGAGUGAUGCCGAGGAGCAAUCGUGUGAACGGCGAACCCGUGGAUGUGGGCGCCUUCUUUAUCAGGCAGAUGGUUAAGGCCAAUCGGCCAGUGGAGAAGAUCCUGACCAUCUGCAAGACUCUGCAGGCCGAAGGGCUCAAUCCCAAGGCCUUGACCAUUGCCACCGAAGCUGGUCUGACCAAUGGCGUGGUUAACAAUGCCCUUCCUCUGCUGCAAGAGAUGAAGAAUGCCGGUUUGCCCAUCAGACAGCAUUACUUCUGGCCUCUGAUCUGUUCCGCAGAAUCGAAUCAAGUUUUGGAAAUCGUACGUCGCAUGCAGCAGGAGUUUGCCGUGUUUCCCAACUCCGAAACGGUCAGGGACUAUGUGAUUCCCAACCUAAAGGAGAAGAACUGGGAGCGAAUUGUCACCGCUUUGAGGGAUGCCGGAGUUCCAAACUCCACUGCCGUAACCUCGGCCGUCUACUCCGCCCUGGUGACCCACCAAAUUGCCGAUGCGGCCAAGAUUAUGGAGCAGAACAGGGCUUACUAUGUGCCGUUCCUGUUCAGACAGCCUUUGAUCCUGGCCCUCAGUCACACCAACGAUUUCGCCUCCUUCAUCCGCUGUGUCCGCCAAAUUCACGAGGGCCUGCAAUUCCGACAAGGCAAGGAGGAGGAAGUUGAGCAAGUGGAGGGCGGAGCUGCCGCUCCCACGGAACGCAGCACACCCGAUGUGGUGGGUGCUAUCCUCCAGGAGGCCUUCAUUUAUUUCCGGCGGGAUCGUGCGGCUACGCUGGAGAAAAUCCUCAAGGGAUUGGUCAAACAGGGUCUGUCCAUCAGCAGUGCCAAGGCCUCGCAGUUAUCGGAGCAAUUGGGUUCGGAAUUGACACCAAGGAUCUCCGAACUUUUGGGAAAACUGAGCUCAGGUGAACUGCAGCCAGUUCCUCUGCCAAGUAGUGGAAAGCGAAGCUUGGACUCCCUCUCCAUUGAUGAACUUGAACGUUUCAUUGUUAAUGUGGAGAGCAAAGGCGAGAAUGCCAAUAACAUCAAGAGACAACUCUUGAAUGCCUGCUUCCGUUCCCAGAACCUGGAGAAAACCCUUCAGGUCAUCGAGAAACUGGAGACGGAGAAGUUCCAGAUCCCCAUUGGAAUACAUGCCCAGCUCAUCGACCUCUAUACGCAUCACAAGAAAAGUCCAGAAGCUUUGGAUGCCUAUGGCAAACUGAAGGCCAAGGAUGCCACCUUCCAGCUGGAUAACUUAAAGGCUGUUCGUCUGGCUGAUCUUCUCCUGCAAGAGGAACGUGUGGACGCUGCCUUCAAAGUGCUGGAUGAUAACAAAAAGGAUUCUCCGCUAGCCGAAAGCGAGGGAAGCUUUAACUAUGUGAGCACCGUGUGGAGAAUUUUGAAUUCGAUUGCCGAGGCUGGUGAGCCGGAAAAGCUGCGAAAACUAUUCGAUGCCCUGGUGGCUGGCAAUUACGUUGUGCCCACCAACGUCCUUCUCGGACCACUGAUCAAGGUUCACCUGGUCAAGGAUGAUAUUCCCAGGGCCAUCGAAGCCUUUGAGGAGAUCUGCCAGAAGCACAAGUCGACUCCGUGGAAGAAUGAGUUAGCCUGCCGCUUGAUCCAGAAGGAGGAUGCAGCGAAUCUGCAGAAACUAACCGAUUUGAGUACUGGCAUUCAUGGGGAGGUCAACAGCCUUUACGAUCUGGUGUUCUCCUUCGUGGAGUGCGGUCGUGUGCGGCAGGCCAGGAAGAUCCUGGAGACGCCCGGUCUGCGUACGCGUCCCCAGAGGAUCAGCAGUGCCUGUGAUCGCUACAAGAACGAGGGUCAACUGCAGCCUCUGGAAGGCCUCAUUGAAGCCACCAAGGACCUGGGUCACAUCGAUAGAAACAAGAUCUACUACACGCUGCUGUUGAGCUACGACAAAGCUGAUGAGGCGGAGAAGGCCCUUGGAUUGUGGACCAAAAUGCAGGAGGAGUCUGUGACGCCCAACGAUGCUUUCCUCUUGAAGCUGGCAGAAAUCCUGAGGAGAAAAAACAUUGAUGUGCCAUUUGUGGUGCCCGAAACUCAAAGGGAACAAGCCAGAGCCAGGAAGAACAAAGGCGAUGCAAUUAACGAAACAGUCAAAAUCGUAGAUCAACAAAAGGAGAAGGCACCAAAGAAGCAGCAGCAAACUAAAGCGGAAGAAGUAAAGACCAGUGCGCCACCCAAAACCGUUUCCCAUUUGUCUGGCUUCCGUAAAGCCAUCUUGGCCAAUGAUCCCGACGCAGCCAUAUCCCAUAAACAAAGUUUUCUUAGUGGCGACAAAGUGGGGGCCUUGGACAUUUCCCGCCUGAUUGAACUCUUGGUGCGAGCUGAUCGUCUAACCGAGGCCACCAAAUACGUUGAGGAACUGCUGGGCGACAAGCUGCACCCGCAGCCCAAGAUCUUCAAGUUUUACCUGAACAAAAUUGCCGCUGCUGGGGACUUGGCAACGCUGGAGAAGAUUGGCCAGCAGCUGAACGAGGAGCAAAAGCGUCUGGUUUCGUUUGACAAUCGCUUCUGUCAUGCUAAUAUCGUGGCCGGCAAGGCGGAGCAGUUCCUAAAGCACUUGACCACGGAAAUCGAAGCAGCCAAGAAUGCUGAGGAGGCGACCAAGCUGGCCGAGAAGUUCCCACGCGGCGGAGCUGUGGGCAUUUUGGACAAGCACCCGGAAUUGGUGCCACAAUACCAAUCCCUGGCCGAGAAGUUUGCCGCCCACAAUCAACUGGGACCCAUGAAUGUCCUGUGGAUGCAUCUGAUCUCCAGCGGUCAGGAGGCGGCCUCCAAGGAGAUCUGGGACAAGCACCUGUCAAAUGCCCCAAGGUUGAUGUUCCAGCGCGUUUUGCAGACGGCACGGGAGCAGCAGGACGAGAAACUCGCCGCCACGGUCAUCUCCCAGCUGAAGAACAGCAAAAUCUCGGAGGGAGCGAUCGGCAAUGCCUACUCCUGCCUCAUCGACAUCCAGACGACCAAGGGCAACUCCGACAAGGCCAUGGACGCACUGGCCAAUGCCAUUAAGGACGUCUCGCUGGAGAACAUCAACAGGACGGCCCUGCUCCGCUUGAAACAGGCGGUGGAGGAGAAGUCGCAGAAGUUCCCCUACACGAUUCCCGAGAAGCGAACAAAGGCCGAUGACUCCAGCUCCUCUUCGUCCUCCUCGUCCUCCAGCGACGACGAUGUGUCGCCAUCGAUACCCGAAACCGUUCCACCCAAACCGGACAGCAAGGCUUAGUGGCUUCUGUAGUAAAGCCCCUUCUCUAGUUUAACCCGUCGUGAUUAAAGCCUAUUUUUAAAGUAUUUACUAUGGAUAAACGAUUUGUAAACUAAAAUAAAUUUAGUUGUUUUGUUGCGAAA